GGGAAAUUUUCAGCAUCGUGUCUGGCCAAGCUCUGUUCUGCAACACCACAAACUAUUCGUACUCUGCAUCGCAACCGAUCACUGGACAUGGCAGGUAACUAACCCCCCACGUUGCCCAACAUGUCGACAACCCUCAUGCCCUUCCUCUACCAAACGCGCACCCUUCAGCUGCUGUCCCGAACCGGUUUCUCGACGCCCGCAUUCCGCGCCCUCUUCCACUCUUCCAACCGCACCAACCACCCGAGGGAGCGACCCCGAUCGGUCAAACCCGCUAGAGGCGGCGACGAUAUUCCGUUUGAAUUGCCGGAAGGGUACGAGCCACCGGUUACUAGGACCGAUGCCGAACGCGACGCCGAGUCGUGUAUUCGAUCGACCAUCACGCCGUCGGAGCAAGACGUUUUCAGUCGCAUCUUUGAGGAGAUCGCCAGCCGUAACAAGGCGGGCAGCCCUGCCUUGAAACCGUCGACAGCGUCCUCCCCCAAGGACUCUCAGGCCCGGGCUUCGGACGAGUCGGAGGCUGGCCCUCUGUCGUCUGGACUCCAAGGCUCCAAAGCUGAUGACUUUGGAGGGAAAACCGCGGAGCCUAACGCCGAGUCGUUCCGCAACACGGUCAAUAUCAUUGUGCAAGACGCGGCCGAAGUGCAGUCAAAAGCUCGACGGCAGAUGCAUAAGCCGUUCGACCCCCUCCAUCCCCUUGGGCAGACAUCAGCAGCAACCGAGUGGGAGAAGGCAUUGCUGCGCUUCCCCCCCAGCCUCCGCGAGGCGGCCCGCAUGGCGCUCGGCACCAUAGAGGAGGAAAAGGCGUCGCAGAAAGUUGGCACGGCAGCCUCAGAUUCCGACCCAAACCUGAGCGAAGAGCACCCGGCGGGCCAACAGAUCGACCUCGCUCUCGAUCCACUUUCCAAGACGGUCCAAAACGAGGCGCUCCGGCGCGAGGAGCGCAAGCGGGUCGACGCCAAGAUGCGCGCCGCCAAGAGCGACUUUGAGCUCUGGGACGUCCUCGAGGAGGAAGUGUUCCCGCUGGUCCACCGGCUCGGAAUCGACGAGGACUCGACCAAGGCGGCCUCCAAGCGCGGGAAAAACGGCAGCAGCAGCAAGCGCAAGCGCGGCGACGCGGCCAAACUCCCGCUGCACAUCUACGGCCCCCUAUACCCGUCGUACCUGCUAAACGCGCUCACCCUCUUCGACACGCAGUUCGCCCGCUCGUCGCCGCUGGCCCUGCACAUCCUGCCGCGCGUCAAGGAGCUCGGCCCCGCCAGCUACGUGCUCGGCGUGAGCACGCCCUUCUACAACCAGCUGGCCCGCGUGCUGUGGAACCGGUACGGCGACCCGACCGCCGUGUUCAACCUGCUUGAGGAGAUGCGCGUGGCGGGCCUGUACUGCGACGAGGGCACGCGGCUCGUCGUGCAGCAGAUCGAGACGUUCCUGGCGUCGGUCAGCCAGGGCCGCUGGGGCCCGUUCCUACGGGAGCUGGCGAGCCUGCCCGAGUACGAGUUUGCGGUGCUGCCGAGGAUCCGGCAUUGGCUGAAGACGAUCGAUAGCCAUAUCGCGGAAAAGAGGUACGAAUUGCAGGAGUAAGGGGGAGGAGGUGCAUCUCCGUACGACGGACUUCCUUCAACAAAAGCGGUGUGGGUUACCAGCGGUCUACUUUAAUUCAGUAUACGUAUGUCUAUGUACAUGUACAACAGUGUCACGGUAUUGGGAUGU